GAUGGCAUGGAACUGGAGUACUAUUGGCACUUGCCUCCUUGCUGAAUCGUGGCGCAUUGAAAACGAGGGGACUUUUGCAGCCUCGUGUAUCGGCGUUUUUAUUCUUGUCAUAUGCCUAGAGUUCCUCCGCCGGAUAGGAAAGGAGUAUGACAGCUUUAUCCUACGGCAGUUCCAGCAGCAUUUAGCGGCGGAAACCCGCGCAUCCAAAGGAGAAGACUCAUGCUGUUCCGAGGCGCCGGCCCCGGGGCCGCAAGUCGUCACGUUUAGGGCAACGCCCGUACAGCAGCUGAUCCGUUCUAUCAUACACGCAUUUGCGUUCGGUGCCGCAUACAUACUCAUGCUCAUAGCUAUGUCAUAUAACGGCUACAUCAUAAUAAGCAUCAUUAUCGGCGCUGGUGUUGGAAAGUUCCUAUGCGAUUGGAUGAUCGCCAAGGUCGUGAUCGGAAACGAGUCCCAAUCAGAUAAAGGGGCGAACAGCGGCCUGGAAGAGCCGUCUGUAUGCUGUGGUUAAUGUCAGAUUUACGUUUAGAUACCCAUUGUGUAGUUUUUGGUUCAGGUUUGCUCGGACAAUAAAUGCCUAAUUUCAUCGGUACGAUUUAAGGCUGAUCUGCAAGAAGUAUGUUUUCGAUACCCAAUCCGCUGCGAGAUCGACCAGUGGAAGAAAACUUUUAAGUCAAAGUCGCAGCAUAGAAAAGUUCUCGACCUAUUAUCACAUGCAAAGCAAGUGCUACGACUCGUCGUCUUAUAGAUAUAUUUAGUUCGAUUGUAGAUCGAUCGAAUAUCAACUAAAGUGAGGUGACCCGAUUGCUUGGUUACUUUGGAGUCGUUACUAAAUGCGAUCUGUUACUUGGACACGACGAGACUUGGGUAAUUACCCUGAGCUUGGGGGUCACGCUUGACUUUGUAACCUCGUCUUAAACACCACCAGUCGCGAUACAAGAAUAUCGCGUCAACCUCUGGGUUUACAUAAUGUGUGACCUAUUUUUGGGUUCUCCCCGGAUUCCAACAGGCUUGGAUCAGCCGGUCGAAUAUUAGGCAAUACGGAUCUGGCUAUUUUCGAUGACAACAUCGACGUCCUACACCGAUGGGAUGUAUCUUGGUCUCGAAAGAGGAACUCCAGACUCGGAGGUGAAGGUCUUGGAAUGAAGGAGAAUCUGAAAAGGUACGAAAGUUUUUAUCUUUUGUCUCAAGAAACGUAUACUGGAGGCAGCCCUGCGGG